AUGAUACCUAAUUUUCUUAUUUCAAGAUUAACUGCAUCAUCAUUUACAUACUCCAAGAGUACCCAAACGCAAUUGGGUUAUCUGCUUCAACACAAUGCUUGUCAUUCUUUCUUCAAUUCAUUCACUUCACGCACCUCUUCUGAUUGUGAAUCAGAUAGAAACCCCCAAAAAGGUGACACCUUUACCAUAUCUUACCUCAUAAACUCAUGUGGGUUGUCCCCAGAAUUGGCUAGGGAGCGUUCCAGAAGGGUGAAUUUGAAAAACCCAGAUGGCCCAAAUGUUGUUCUUGAUCUUCUCAGGAACUAUGGGUUUUCUAAAGCCCAGAUUACAAAACUUGUCGGGAAAUGUCCAUUGGUGCUUGUUUCAAAAGCAGGGACUACACUUUUGCCUAAACUCAAGUUCUUCCAUUCUAUUGGGGUUUCCACCAAUGACAUGCCAAAGAUCCUGAUUUGUAACUACAACCUCUUGACAAGUAGCUUGAAGAAAUGCCUUAUUCCACGUUAUGAGAUCAUCAGAAGUGUAGUUCGUGAUGAUUGGGAAGUUGUUAGAGCUUUGAGAAAUUCCCCACGUAAUUUUACAUUUUCGUACUUAAUGAAUGAUUUUAUUCCAAACAUUAAGGUUCUGAGACAAUGUAGCGUGCCACAAGCUUCCAUCUCUCUGCUUAUAGUCAAUUUUCCGAGUGCAGCAUAUGCAAAGCAUUCCAAAUUUGUGGAAGCUGUGAAGACUGUUAAGGAUAUUGGGUGUAAUCCUUUGAAAAGAACUUUUGUAAUGGCUGUCCAAGUGCUUUUAACUAUGAGUAAAGCAGCGUGGGAAUCGAGAUUUGAGGUUUAUGAGAGAUGGGGCUGGAACCGUGAAAUGACUCUUGGAGCAUUUAGAAAAUUUCCCAAUUUUAUGAAGCUGUCAGAGGAGACAAUUACCAAAAAAAUGAGUUUCAUAGUGAAGAAUAUGGUUUGGCCAUCAGAAGAUAUUGCCAAAUAUCCUUCAGUUCUAUCCUACAGCUUGGAGAAGAGGAUUACUCCUAGACUCUCAGUGAUUAAAAUCUUGAAAUUAAAAUGUUUGGUUGAGAAUAAUUUGCAAUUAAGCUCCUUUAUGUGCCGAACUGAGGAAAAGUUUUUGAAGAGAUUUGUCAUCAAUUUUCAGGAAGAUGUGCCUCUUUUACCAGAUGUCUACAAAGGAAUAUCACGUUACUCUACUGAGGAGGAAUGAAUCAGCUAAGCUUAUAUAGAUAUGCUGCUUUUCAGGUUUCAUUAGUGCGCACUUAGUUGAAAACCAUGUAAAAUAAAUGGAACAGAAAGGCUUUUUUGGCUACCAGACCAGAUUUAUUGUUACCAUCCUCUAUUUCAAGUAACUCCACUUCACAUGAAUGAAGCAC